GAGAAAUAUAUAUUUUUUAAUCUAAUUGUGAAAAAGAUAGAGUUUGAAGUAUUGAUUUAUAAGUAAAGGCUUGAUCUCUCAUUUCUCAAUGAAGCAUUUUCUUUCUAGAUAGAUUUGGUUUUCAUUUAUGAACUGUAAUAAGAUCCAACUCUCCUCAGUCUAAAGUCAAUGGCUUACAUUUUUAGGAUUUCAAGAAAGAUGAAGUUCUCUAUUACAGAUUCAAGAAAAUGCUUCUAAGAAGCGCAUCAAACCCUUUAAUCAAAUCUCUUCUUUCACCAUUCUCAGGCAGCCUUAAUCCGGACAUUGAUGCCAAACAUCAUCUUUCCUCUAAUAUUCUACCACACACAGAUAAAGAAACCAUUAGUCUUCGCCACAAAGGAUUUCGAAGAGCUUUCUCUGAUAGUAACUUAGAAAAAUUAGUUUAUCCUGAUAAAUUGGAAGAGCUUCAUUUUUCGAACAAGCCAAAAAAAUUCCCAAAAAGAAAUCAAAAGACCAUGUUGAGCAGUGUACCUUCUUUUUCAAUAUUUAAUGUGAAUGAUGAGCUAGAAGAUGCGGAGAACAAUGGUGGAGAAAGGGAGGGUUUGAUGAGAACUGUUACUAUUGGAGAGAGUAUAGAGGCUAAAGGUGAUGAAGAGUUUACUUUUGGAAAGAAAAGUAUGGGGCUUAUAGAAGAGGAAGGAGAGGAGGAACAAGAAGGAGAUCUGAAUGGAAUUGAAAAUAUUAAUCUUGAUGAAGUAAAAGAACCUGUUAGUCCUCCAAUGUAUCUUGCUUCAGGUCUUGGGAUUGAUGGCCAUGAUUGUGGUGGCCGCGGCGGCGGUGGCGGUUUUGAUAUGGCUUUGCCAAACUUUGAUGAAAGUGGUGAUCUUGAAGAGUAUUAUAAGAGGAUGAUUGAUGAGUAUCCUUGCCACCCUUUGUUUCUUGCAAAUUAUGCUCAGCUUUUGCAGAGUAAGGGAGACCUUCAUGGAGCUGAGGAAUACUAUCAUCGUGCCAGUCUCGCGGACCCAGGAGAUAGUGAAAUUUUGUUGAAAUAUGCUAAACUAGAGUGGCAGCUGCACCAUAAUCAAGAUACAGCUUUGAGUAACUUCAAACAUGCUGUUCGGGUUGCCCCUCAAGAUAGUCAGGUUCUUGCAGCAUAUGCCAGUUUUCUCUGGGAAAUAGAUGAUGAUAAGGAAGAAGAUAUACAACAGCUACAGCAUAUUAAGGUUGAAGAAGAGGAACAUCUAACUAGACUUGUUAACUCAGCUGCCAAUCAAGAUUUUGAGCUGUUGCAGCUUCCGCCGUCUAUGCUUGCGAUUGAUGUGGCAGAUCAUGCUACAUCUGAUAUUGAUAAAGGCAUCGAUGUCGAUGAGUAUUAUAAAAGGAUGCUCGAGGAAAAUCCUUAUAGCUCUUUAUUGCUAAGCAAUUAUGCUCAAUUCCUGUAUCAGCAGUCGAAGGGAGACCUUUCAGGUGCAGAAGAAUAUUACUCUCGUGCUCUUCUAAUUGAACCUGGGGAUGGUGAAAUUAUGUCACGGUAUGCAAAACUGGUGUGGGAACUUCAUCGAGACCAUGAUAAAGCCUCGAGUUAUUUUGAAAGAGCAGUUCAAGCCAAACCUGAGGAUAGCCAUGUUCUUGCAGCAUAUGCUAGUUUCCUAUGGGAAACAGAAGAAAAUGAAGAGGAUAGCACAAAUCCAGAUCAGUUUCAGGAGGCCACCCACCAUCACCACAAUGGUUCUGCAACUCCGGCAGCUGCUUAACGAUGACAUUAAUUAUCUGACGAGCAACCACAUCGUAAUUUUUCUCGUAUGCUAAAUAGCAAAACAGAGCCAAUACUGUACCAUUAGAAGAAUGAAUAAAGGUUAUUAUUAUUAUAGAGGCAUCAGCCUGUUCUUCAAGUAACUUAAUGAUUAGAAAAUACAAAUUCUAAGUAUUAAUGACAUGAAGCAUGUCUCAAUAACUAUUGACUGCCUUUCUUUUUGUC